AUGAAUCCACUUCCUAUUGAUAAUCUCAUGUUGAAUCCACAACAACAGCUCGAUAUGGAAAAAUGGCACAAGAAGCUUGUAGGAAAGGUUGUUCUCAAGGACAAUGAGGAGACUGCACUUGGCGCUGACGAGUAUGUCCGUGAAAAAGAUUUGCCCAAACCCAACCGAGUAUUACCUCCCAAUUCCCCCAUGACCAUGGAUUAUCGCCCAAACCGCUUGAAUGUCUUUUUAGACGAGAAUCGUAGAGUUGUCAAUCUUAACAAUGGAUAA